AUGGCCAAUGUGCAUACACUUCAAGAUACCAAUAAAGGAUAUAGGCUAGGUAGUAUGCGAGAACAAGAACUCAAAGAAACUUUGCGUUGCAGUUUAAAGGCUAUAUCCAAGCUAAAUAACUGUAACGAAGUAUUGCAAUCUAAAUACUCGAAACAUAUAAAGGCUUUUGACCGGGAAAGAAAAGGGUGGAAUCGAGACUCAUUACGAAAUAAUACUGAGAUCCAAAAGUUACGCACCCAUGCAUUGCAAGUUAUUAACGACAUUGUUACACAUUCCUUUAUGGUUGUAGGGAUGAGAUUUCGCGGUGGCCAUAAGUUUAAGAAAUCAGAUACUAUCACUCUUGAACUGGAGCCUUCGAAUACGUAUGAUAAGAAUGCGAUAAAAGUUAUGGUAGAUGGUAUUCAUAAAGCCUAUGUGGCAAAGAAUGAGAAUGUGAGUAUAGGAGAUUUGAUGAAACAGUAUCCAAAUUAUCAGAUUACUGCCCAUGGAAAAAAGAACUAUAAUCAAUUAGCAUCUUUGAAUCUUGAAUAUCCUUGGAUAAUCUGUGAGAAAUGUCAUGAUACGCUACAAGCAUCGAGAGAUUAUGACUAUACUUAUUAA